CAAGCAUAAGCCCAGCCCACUUUCGUCUACCCAAUUAUCAAGUAUGUAUAUACCUAGCGAACAAGAAUUAGGGUUUCAAAUCCUCCGCCUCAACUGAAUCGCGCCGGAGCAACUGUCGUCCAUUUGCAGGAGCUACCAUGGUUUCCGGAAAGAAGACUAAGAAGACUCAUGAGAGCAUCAACAACAGAUUAGCUCUUGUAAUGAAGAGUGGAAAGUACACUCUUGGUUACAAGACAGUACUCGAGUCUCUCAGGAGCUCUAAAGGUAAGUUGAUCAUCAUAUCCAACAACUGCCCGCCUUUAAGGAAAUCCGAGAUCGAGUAUUACGCUAUGCUUGCAAAGGUUGGCGUUCACCACUACAAUGGAAAUAAUGUUGAUCUUGGAACCGCUUGUGGAAAGUAUUUCCGCGUGUCAUGCCUAAGUAUCAUUGAUGCAGGUGAUUCUGAUAUCAUCAAGAGUCUGCCAGGAGAUCAGUGAAAGGCGGUUUUCUAUUACUUUCAUGUUAUCUUUAUUUUUCUGUUUCCAAGUUUUGGCUAAAUAUAUUGUUAACUUUUGUGAGUUAUCCAUUAUUAUAGUGAUCUUGUUGGUUUGUAUUCAGUUGUAUUGUAUUGGCUUCUUUUGUGUUGGUUAGUUGGUUGAAUGGUUAUCUGAUGACUUGGUUA